GCAGGCAGUAAGAGAGACCCAGUUUGGGAAUAUUCUAAUGAAGUUCCUCUACCUGUGGGUAAGACAGGCAAGCGUGCAAACAGUGCAACAAAGAAAAGCAAGGCCUGGUUGCCUGAAUGAAAUAACAUCAUGAAAAGUGUUGCUUCUCAAGAGAAAGCUGUGUUGAAGUUGAUGAAAGGAACAUGUCUGAACAUGCAGGAUCUUCAGGAGAAUCCAUCCUCAACAUACAGGAUUCUGAAGACUAUCCACCUUCAAGAUCACCAUCAUUUUCUACAGUUUCAGAGUUAUCUGCCAAUGAUAGCGUUUCAGGUCAAAUCAUGUAUGUCACACAGCCACAGUAUAUCACCUGUAGCAAAAAGAAAAAAAAAUCUCCAUCAUCCAGGAACAACCACAGAUAAAUUUGUGAUAAGAACCAGCAGAUUACAAAAAGAGGUAAUUGAUGAAAAAUUUGCCUGGUUUGCUUAUGCAAUAAACUCUCCUUUCCAUAUAAUUGAGAACCCACAUUGUAUUAACAUGGUUCAGUCAUUAAGACCACGAUACAGUCCACUCAACAGAACAAAUGUCACAGGCAAAUUGCUGGGUAAAGUGUAUGAAAGAGAAAUUGAGCAGUGUGCAAGAGGUCUAGAGGGUGAAAUUGUUAACCUGAGUCUCGAUGGCUGGAGCAAACUCUCCCACAAGACGGUGAUCACCACUCGCUUCUCCACUGUCAGUGCCAAAAUGAGAACUGCAUUCCUGCGCUGGAGGACGUGGAAGAGCUCAGCACACAGAUCCAGGAACAUGGCCUUGCACAUCCGAAAGUUCUGA